CGUCAAGGCAAGACUGGCUGCUUAUUUAUCAAAGAGCUGUCAUCUUUCACACCACAUAGACGCGCUCUACUGAUUAAUGAAAUCUGACAAACCAUCAGCGCGCGGGAUGUUUCUCUUCACAGUUAUGCUUUUGCCGGUUCUGUUGGCCUCCGGUUCAGCGGCGGGUGAUCGCGUGUAUCAGCGCGUGGAUCCGGUGACCGGACAGACGCUCGUGUGUGAUCGGUGUCCGCCUGGGUUCCGCCUGCGCGCGCACUGCACGCGUUCCCGUCCGACGGAGUGUGUCCCGUGCGGCGCGGACCUGUACACGGAGUUCUGGAACUACAUCCCGAACUGUCUGCGGUGCGACUCGUGUACCGACCAUCAGCGGGUCGUUCGGGCGUGUAACGGGACCGUGAAUACAUUGUGUGAAUGUGAGGUCGGGUUUUAUUGGAAUCAAUACUUCUGCAAGAGACACACCGUGUGUAAACCGGGACACGGAGUCAAAACAUCAGGUACCCCACACACAGACAUGGUGUGCGAGCUCUGCGCAGACGGACAGUUCGCUGACAUCAUGCAGGAACAUGCAGCAUGCGUCACUCACAGCACAUGUGGGUCAGAUGAACAGCUGGUGCUGCCAGGAUCCAGAUGGCAUGAUAAUGUGUGUGCCACAUGUGACCAUAUCACAGAGAAAGGUUGGGUGAAUUUAUUCCGUCCGAUUCUCUCAAGUCUGUUCGCAAAGCAGAAUAUUCCUGCACAACGUCUGCAGCGGUUUGUGAAUCGCCUUCUGUGUGAGCAAGGACAAAGAUCACACCGAAGAGUGGCGUUGCAGAGCACAGAGAGUCUGACGGAGCGAAUCCAACACUGCAUCAGUCGAGUAUCAGAGGAGAAUUUGCUCAAUCGGCUGCAGACACUGAAGGAAUCACAUCUGGAGCACCUCGCAAACAAAAUAACACACAAACUCAGAACAUUCCUCAAGUUUAUCCAUCAAUGCAAUAACAGCACGAUUAGAGAUGCAAUUCUUUAAACUGAUCACCAUUACUGAUUAUUAGCCGUUAACCCACAAGCCUUAAAUCAAACUUGUGACAUGAGGAGUGACAGAAUAGGCAACUUACCAAAGCAGUCAUGUGAUCACGCUAUGGUCUCCCUGGAAACGCUGGACUGAAGGACUUGCGGGCUUGCAGAUGUUUGUUGUUAAACAUGGGCUACUACUGAACUUCACAACUGUACGAUUUUAGACUGACAUUAGUUUAAUUUAUAAUAGUUGUUACAGUGAUGGUUAUUGCAGAGACAUUGUCUUUUAGCACUUUGCUUUAACCCUUAAAGGUUUUGAAUGCACUUGAUUGUUAGAGUUUCUCAUUACAGUAAUAAUAAACUCAAUUUCCUGUUUAUUUCUUCUUUAUUUCUCAUUAAAAACAAAAUACCUAAAGUAAACUUCUUUAUCAGACUAUGCAAUACGGCUCUACAUUUCAGUGAAAAGAAUUGCUGACAAACUUAAGAAAUAAACAGCAACAAAUAAAUCA